CGCCCAUUCAAGUGCGAUAUGAUGCCAGCGCUCGGACACGGCGAAGAGCGCACAGCGUCGUCGCGGCAGCAGGAGAAAGCAGCUGUAAACAGCAGGCGACGCAAAGCCACGCUAGAGUGACGACGCUGAGAACCCUCGCUAGGUGGCGCCAGCGCGUCCGGUUGCCUGUAAAUCACAGCAGAUGCGAAGUCAAAGCCAGUGAGCUGGAAAGGGAACGGUGUGUACCUGGUAACAAAUUAAAUAAACUCAGUGAUAACGUGUUUUCCAUCUUUCAGUGACGAGGUGACGCUCAGUGACACGGUCCAAAAUGGGGCAAGAAAGGAAAUGUAUUCUCUGCGACAUUGUGUACAACUCAAAGCGGGAGAUGGACGAGCACAUGAGGAGCAUGUUGCACCACCGCGAGCUUGAGAACCUCAAAGGAAGGGACUGUGGGCACAAGUGCCUGGCUUGUGGGGUCUCAGUGGUGGGGCUUACGGAGUAUGCUAACCACAUCUCCAACCCCAUACACAAGCAACGUGUGGAGGCCCAGCAACAGGAGCGAGCUAAUGGGCACCUGGAGGAGGAGUACUUUGACGAGGAGCUGGUGCGCCUCAUCAAGAAGAGGAAGGAGAUGAUCCGGAGAGAGGAGGAAGAAGUGAGGAAAGCCAAAGAUGAAUCAGAGCGACAAAAGCAGCAACAGGCGAGACAACAGCUCCUGCAGCAUGGGAUGCAAUGGGGCUCAGGGUACCGCAGGUUCCCAGUGCCGUCCAAGGGCUGCAGUAUCUCUCAUUGGCAGGGGAGUGGAGCUGAAUGGAGCUCUGUUGGAAGAUGUCAAGGUUGGCCGAGAAACUGGCUCCCCAGCCACCAAGCUCGAAGUGCCACCUGGCACGCAGGGGCCAAUGUCAGCUUCCACACCUGGAAAUCUGUUGGUCCCUCAGGGGGCAGUUUAAGAAGUGAAGGACAAGACAAGAAUCAGGGCUACCGGGGAAUUCACAGUCAAGAGAGAGGCUUUGAAUGGGGAAGCCGAUUCCAUUGGGAGCAAACAAGGGGUCCUCUCUUUGAGGGUAUGGUGUCAGACCUGAACACAGACCUCAGAAGUGACAAUUUCCCUCUUUUGAGUGCCAUCCACGUUAACAAGGAGUACUCAGGGCAAAAGGAAAGGCAUCAAGAAUGGGCAGAAGCACGUCAGGAUGCUAAGGUUGGGCAUCAAAAAAAAGAAAACUUGGCUGGAGACCAUACCAAGGCAAGAACUUCAAAACCCUGCAGCAGCAAUCCCAAGGAUAAAGUGAAUCGCUGGGCCCCAUACCCUCCUGCCAAGUGCAGUGACGUCUUGCCCUGGAAGGAAUCCAACGUCUGUCUGCCAGAAGGCUGUCAAGUAACACCUCCUGGGUCAAUAAAGGACGUGACACUAAAUAUCAACUUAGAGCAGACUACCACACAUUCAGAUGGGAUGUUGAGGAAGGGCUUAAAAGAAAAAGAUCGUGGUUCCCCAAGUCCUCAGGCCGAGCAGGGCAAGGACAGAAGGCACCGGAACAGCAGCAGUAGCCAAGGAGAUUGUGUGGAGCCUUCCUCCUCUUCCACACAGAAAGCAAGAAUAAACUUGAAGAAGGCAACGUCAGGAGCCUACUCCACAUCCGGAUCACACCACAAAAUCUCUAGUCAGGACUGUACAGAACUGAGAUCUGGCAUGAACAGUUCAGAGCCUCUGCAAGACCAUUGCCCAAACUAUGAGGGACAGAGGCACACUGGUGUGAUAGGAAAGGUCAAGCAUUUUGAAGACACAUCCAUGGUAGACCAUGUGAAGGCUGUGCUGCUCAUAAAGGAGGAACUGGAAGCAGAGAGCAUUAAAUAUAAGGCAAACAAAAUGAGAGAAGAGACAGUGAAAAAGAAAAUGAACCUUCUGCCAAUGAACAAGAGCCUUGACAGUGCAAGACACAACCCCUACACAGAUGAAGCAUCAAGAUGUGUUAGCAUUCAAACAGAUUGCUCGUCUUGUACUCAUUCUUCUUCGCUACAGUCCAUACAGGUCAGCACAUCUACCUGUGACACCGCUGGAGAUGCUGCUUCUUCUGUUCAAGAUGGUGAGGAGAAAGUGGAGAGGGAAGCAGAGGAAGAGAAUGAUGGUGACAAGCUCUGGGAUGAUUUAGCCAAAAAGAAAAUAUCAACUGUGGACAAGGGGUUGGGCUCAGACAGUGAAGCACAAAGUGGAGGUCAGUCACAGCCGCGCUCUGGAUGUGAAGUUCCUGGCCUCAGCAAGCUGGGCUUCCCAGCCUCCCUCAAGCGGGACCUGACUCGACACAUCGGUCAUAAGAGCAAGGCAGGGGUCCGUGAGCCCAACUUGAACAUUGCACGCCGCAUCCGCGACAUCAGUGGGACACGAAGGAGUGAGACGGAGAAGGACACAGGGCUUAAGCCCUCCUUGCGACAGCUUAUCAGCUGUGCGGGGUCCCGGCGAAAUGUGAACUGGGACCAGGUGUACCAGGAAGUCAACAAGAAGAAGCAGGAGCUGGGAAAGAGGAUGCCCAGGUUUGGGAUUGAGAUGGUGGCCAUUGAUCAGUGUGACCAGGAAGAAAUCAACCAAGAAGAGGAAAAAGACAUCACUUUGACAGAGGGCUUCCACUGGGAGUCCAUCUGUGCGUCCAGUACUGCUUUCCGCAGUGCAACCCCUCGUAAGCAGGCUUCCUCUGAGGGCACUCCGGCAAUGGAUCACACGGACAUUGGGCUGUCCCAGUUACCGACAGCUACGGAAGGUGGUGACUGUCCAGAGCCCAACGCCUCCGAAGGUCACUCUAGGGGACCAUGUAGUGAUUCAUUCCAAAUAUCAGGGAAAGCCAGUAUCAAGGUAGAGACAGUGGGGGACGAUGAGAAACGGGAGUCAGCAGAUACCGUAGAAGUUGUCCAGGACCCUGACUCUGUGGAAGGCUACAGCAGCUGCGCAUCUGGGCCAGAGCAGAAUGACACACAGAGUACGGGAAAGAAGCGCAGGGCAGCAGGGGACGUCCCAUCGCCAGAAGUUCCCAGCCUAGAACUGAAGAAUAAACGAAGGAAAAUCAAGUCUAAAAAGGAACGCUCCCAGGUGGACCAGCUGCUGGCAGUGUCCCUGCGGGAGGAGGAACUAAACACUUCCCUCGAGGCGUUGGAUAAAAGCUUGGUCCAAGCACGUGCUGCCCUGCAGGUGGCCUACAUGGAGGUCCAGCGGCUCCUAGUGCUCAAGCAGCAGGUUACAAUGGAGAUGAGCACACUGAGAUCCAAACGUAUCGAGAUUUUACAAGGAAUUCAAGGAGAUUACACUGGAGUUAAUGAGGCAGAAACAGGCAACACAGACAAUCCUGCAUCAACAAGUACAAAAUCUGCCCUGUCCUCUCUGUUCUCCCCAAUAACAACCACUGCUUCCCACUUCCCCAACUUUCCUUCACCAGCCAUCCCCACACAUCUCCAACAAAGCUAUAGCCCCACCGCUUCCUUGUCCUCUGCUCAUCCCACUUCAGGCACCACCACUUCUUCCACCACACUCCCAUUACCCAUCAAGCAGGAGGCUCUGCCUUCAUGUUCUUUCCAUCCUAAAGCUUCUGAGAGCUCCAACAGUGGCCUAAGCAGCACGGCACUGAAGCCAAAUCAUCCCACCUCCAAUGAUCCCAGCCAGUCCAGUCAGUCUACUUUGUGUUUGGUCAGUCAGUCGAAGGCAGGGCUCUGCCAAGGAAGUUUCGGUUCCAAAGAGAGUGUGUCUGUGUUCUCAGAGCACAGUCAAGAAGGCCUGAGGGACAGUUGCUCUGCAGCUGCUGUCCAGUGUCUGGCUGACCGUCACUUAGAAGAUAGUGGUAUUUUCACCUCCCUGGAAAAGGCAGGCAACAGGCCCAACCAAGCUGCCAAGUCUGCCAGCCAGAGGAGCUCCAGCACCGUUGUCACGGAUUGCACAGAUCUUCUAGGGGAGAUCACCGGUUUCCGGACCUGGCUCCCGUGUUCUCCGCAGCCAGACCUCCAGCUUUCGCCCUCUUCACAGCUUCAUGAGUCCAAGAGUGGCAAGCGGGUGAGGAAGCUGAAGAAGAAAAAGGCACUGAGGAGGGCCCCAGGAGAUGAGCACCCAGACAACAGUGACACCGAGGAGGAGGGAGACACCUUCCGUCCAAUUCGCAAGCUGAAACCCAGGAAGAAGGCUAAAGUAUCCCCAGGCAGCACAUCUCCAUCAGGCUUAAAGGAGGAAAAGGAAGAAGUUGAGGUCAAUGGGAAGUUAUCCUUUUCUAGGACUGACCAAGUUAAGAAUGUGGGAGGCAACAGGGAUCACUUGUUCUUGGAAAUGGUAGAACUCCCACACGCUAAAUCCCAUGGAGCUUCCUCCAUUGACUCUCUCAGCUCCAAUGAUGGGCCUGUUUCACUAAUCUCAGCACUGAAGAAGGAAACAUCCACAAAACGCAUGCCUCAAACCCCUGCGGCAGCAAAAUCAGAAUCUCAGACAGUUGCCUGCAAUGAGGUCACUUCCACAAGUGAGCUGGAUGGCAGCAUCAGAGUCAAAAUGCAUAGAAGUAAAAAUCAACAACCCCUUUCUUCCGAGAAAGUAUUCAGGAGUGGUUCAGACAUGUCCUUGGAGCUGGGUGACGAAGAGGAACCUACCGAGGGCUCGUUUGAGGGCCACCAGGCUGCCAUCAGUUCUAUGCAGAUCCAUGGCGGCCUCCUGUACACAUGUUCUGGGGACCGCACGGUGCGGGCAUUUGACCUGGUGAGUCGGAAGUGUGUGGCAGUAUUUGAGGGCCACACCACGAAGGUGAACUGCUUGUUCAUGUCAUCAGGGUUGGGUCUACAGCACCGCCUCUACACCGGCUCAAGCGAUCAAACCAUACGCUGCUACAAUCCCGAGACCCAAGAGUGUCAGGAACAGUUCUCUAUGGCCGACCGGGUCCUGUGUUUCCACAGCCGCUGGAAGGUUCUGUAUGCUGGCCUUGCUAAUGGAUCUGUGGUUAGUCUCAGCCUCAAGACAAACCAACUGCUGGAUGUGUUUGAAUGCCACGGGCCACGAGCUGUUAGUUGCCUGGCAUCAGCACAGGAGGGGACGCGUCGCAUCCUGCUGGUGGGCUCCUAUGACUGUACUGUGAGUGUACGGGAUGCCAGGAGUGGCCUCCUGCUGCGUAGCCUGGAGGGUCACACCAAGACCGUGCUCUGCAUGAAGGUGGUCAAUGAUCUGGUCUUCAGUGGUUCCAGUGAUCAGUUGGUUCAUGCUUAUAACAUCCAUACAGGAGAACUGGUACGGGUUUAUAAAGGCCACAGUCAUGCUGUCACUGUAGUCACCAUCCUGAGCAAGGUGAUGGUUACAGCUUGUUUGGACAAGCUGGUACGCGUCUUUGAUUUGCAGUCCCACGAACAGCUGCAGGUGUACGGAGGACACAAGGAUAUGGUCACAUGCAUGGUGGUCCACAAAAACAUGAUAUACACUGGUUGCUAUGAUGGGAGUGUACAGGCUGUCAGACUCAACCUGAUCAAGAACAACCGCUGCUGGUGGCAUGGCUGCUCCAUGGUCUUCGGUGUGAUGGAACAUCUGCAACAGCACCUACUGACCGACCACAGCAGCUUAAACUUCCAGACGCUGAAGUGCCGCUGGAAGAACUGUGACGCUUUCUUCUCUGUGCGCAAUAAUACCAAGCAGGAUGUCCCCAAACACAUGCAGAAACAUGCUGAGGAAGACGGCAAGCUGCAGGCUUGAGGGACAUAACCAAGAAUGUUCUACCUCCCAUAUUGGGAAGAUGAAAAAUCAAAGACAUUUUGCGCAGUAGAAAUAUAUAAAUCGAUCACAAAUGCUUCAAUUCAUGACUGAGAGUGCAGCUCUGAAGUACUGUUUAAGCUCCACAUCCAAGUCUGCCCCUCUUGUUGGUGUGCUUGGAACUUCUCAUCUUCAAAAAGCUCUUUAAUUACAGUUGGGAAAAAAUACUGUUUCAGUGUGUGCUUGGAGCUGUAGAUAUUCCAGCAUUAUCAUCAAUUAGAUGAUGUUCAGGGCAUUGCAGUGCUUCUAAAAAGGUCUCUGAGUCAUGGAUAUAAGUGUUUGGUACUUAUAUAACUCUGUACAAUGUUUUUGGCCAGACUUGAGUAACAGGUUGAAAAAGUCAACCUAUCCGGUCCUUUUCUUCCACCCAUGUCUGGUCUUAUAAUGUUGUUAAAGUUCAUCCGAACAGAGCAGACUUUGGCUAGCGUAAGAGCAAGUGGGUGGCCAGUAUGCUUUCUGCCCACAGUUUCGUGGUCCCACUUAUUUUACGGCGAGCUGGAAUCUGUACGGUGGUGCUCAGCAAACACUGUUCCUAUCCCUAUAACUUAGCUGAGACUUUCGUGUCUUCCUUGUCAAAGAAGGUCAAGAAGGCUGUGCUCAUUUUCUUCCUUCUUAAUAAUGCUAAUUUGAUUUUUAACCUCCUGACCCGGUUAGAGCAGUGCUGUCCGUUCUUAAAUAACAGACCAAACAAGGCAAAGAAAAACAGGAUUGUAAUUUACAAAGAAACUUGGAGACAGGUAUGAGAAUUGAAUUAUGUUUUCACAAUAGUGAAAGUUAUUGAGUGUACGGCAUGCGUGGGAUUAUGGUGUCAGUUUCAUGAGCGGCAAAACGUUGCUUUUAUUGUGCCUGCGCUUCUGUUAGUGGUUCCUACUGUCAAGUACUUCGUCACCUCCCUGGUGAAGCAAGUCUGGAAUCUGCUCGAUCGCAGAUGGAGGUCAUUCCUGUCAGUGGUACUGCAUCGCUUCUCUGCAGUGCACUGCAGAUUAAGAUGCCCCUCUUUAAAGCCAUCUGCCAAAUUUACUGUUGGUUUAUACUGCUAUAUCUGCAGCUUUUAAUGCAACAGGGAGGUGACAUUUGGCAUUCGAGUCCUUAUUUUUUUUCUUUGAAGACUGAGUGUACCUGCAAUUAGUUUUCCCGUUUAUUUUUAACAUUACCACACGAUUGCUUUGAAAUGUUUAAUUUUUUUUUUUCU